CCGCUUGUUCUCGCGGUAACGUUAGUAUACUGUUAGCUUAGCUAGCUAACACCAUCGUUUCUAGGUUUCGUGUCGACCUGAAAAAAACAGCAAACCGAGAGAGACACAGGAAGGCUACGCCGCCGAAUACUUUCUAAAUCCCGGCUGCACCGAGGAGUGGGACAAUGCCGCACAGCUUCCAGCCCGGAGACCUGGUUUUCGCUAAAAUGAAGGGGUACCCCCACUGGCCAGCCAGGAUUGAAGAUGUGGCUGAUGGGGCAGUGAAACCACCUCCUAAUAAAAUCCCAAUUUUCUUCUUUGGGACACAUGAGACAGCAUUCCUUGCAGCAAAGGACCUUUUUGCCUAUGAAAAGUACAGCGAACGCUAUGGAAAGCCCAACAAAAGGAAGGGGUUCAAUGAAGGUUUAUGGGAGAUCCAGAACAAUCCACAUGCAUCCUACAGCGCACCGCCAGCACAGUUAGGGAGUCCUGAUGGCCAGCAGUCUAAGCCGGCCAGCUCAUCUGACAGUGAGGGCAACGAUGCCGGGCGAGGAAGUGAUGAAGAUGAAGACGAGGGAGAAGCAGCCCCAGCGCCUAAGAAAGCAGAUUCAGCUAGUGUGGUGGACUCAGAUUCUGGGAGUGAAGAUGAAGGAAAGGGAGUAGCUGUGAAGAGAAAGCCACCUCCUGCUAAGCGGCCUCCACCUUCAAAAAAGGCUCGUGGCUCGUCCAGUGAGCCAGACAAACAGGAGAGUGGAUCUGACUCAGAACCCACACCUUCAGAGUCUGAGUCCGGCAAGAAUAGUGACCAGGAUUUUACUCCAGAGAAGAAAGCGGGUGGUGGAGGACGAGGUGGACCGAAAGCAGGAGGCAGAGGGAAGAACAAGAAGGGUAUGUCUGGCUCAGACUCGGACUCAGGAUCAGAACCAGAGAAGAAAGCAGCUGGUGGAGGACGAGGUGGACCGAAAGCAGGAGGCAGAGCAAAGAACAAGAAGGUUGUGUCUGGCUCAGACUCGGACUCAGGAUCAGGAUCAGAACCAGAGAAGAAAGCAGCUGGUGGAGGACGAGGUGGACCGAAAGCAGGAGGCAGAGCGAAGAACAAGAAGGGUAUGUCUGGCUCGGACUCAGGAUCAGGAUCAGGAUCAGAACCAGAGAAGAAAGCAGCUGACAGCGAGUCGGAGGACGAGAAGCCUCGACCGGCUGUGUCCGGCUCCGAGUCUCAGUCCGGCUCAAAGUCUGACUCAGACUCAGACCCUCCUCCUAAAAAAGCCCCUCAGGCACGCAAGAAAGCACCCACAGAGAAGCCCGCACCAAAGCCUCGUGCACGGAAACCCAAACCCAAACCCACCCCGGCAAAACGAACACCUUCAUCUUCAUCCGACAGCGACAGGUAAG